AUGGCUCGCGCAGCUUCCCGUCGGCAGGUUAAGCCUGUUGCAACCACGCCAGCGACCAACCUCAUCAGCAAGUACGGCCGAGUCUUCAAGACACACCAUGCUCCCGUAGACGACGCUUCAAAGAAGGUCUUCUUCAUCGGACUGCCCUCCUCUCUUCCCGUCGCCAAGACGGAAGUUAAGCCAGAGAUUAAGCUCGAGUCCAGCCCGGAAAGAGCUCUCCCCCCUCAGCCUACAGCAACACCCUCAAAGAAGCGCAAGGCAAGAUCGAACGACGAGGACGUCUCACUGAGAGAUGCGAGAAGCGACGUCCCAGGAUGCGAGUCUCUGAAGCGUCAGCGAGUCUUCAAGAGUGGGAAGGACGAGCCUGUCCCCAUUAAGCUUGAGGUUGUCCCCACAACCGCAACCACCACCACUGCUGCUUCUACACGAAAGAGCACCACAUCGCCAGUCGCCGACAGCCGCCGAAAGACUCGCAAGUCGGACGUCAUCUCCCAAGCAAAGACCGAAGUGCGCAAAGCCAACCAAAAGGUCAAGCAAACAAAGAAGCACAAUGCUACAAAGUCAGAGAUCAAGGAGGAGGUUGUCAAGAAGCAGCUGCCUGCCGAGCUUCUGGAGCUCUUGGACCUGCAACGCGCCAUCCUCAAGACUGUUUCUCUUCAGCUCGUGCACCAAAACAACAACGCACCGCUUGAUAUCAGCUCGAUCGCACCUCACGUAGCCCGCACAUGGGGAAAGAGGAGAGUCACAGUGGACGACAUUCGGAGAUGCAUUGCCAUCCAAGACACAAAGACACCAGGCCAGGAGGAUGAGUCCCUCUGCUCGCCCUUUAUCGUCACCGACUACGGCCGUGGCAAGCUCUGCCUCGAGAUGGAUCUCACCAAGAACAUUGGCCGCAUCGACGAGAAUGAGCUCUGCCGACAGUUCGAGAAGAACCUCCACAUCAUGUGCUCCCAGCGCGCCAUGGAUGAGAUGUCGGAUCUCGAUAUCUGCUUCGAGAACCUGAGCUUCAACGACCUGCCCAAGUCCGAUAUUACUGUUCGUCACACAACCAUGUCGGAGAACCCCCUGUUCGCCAAGGGACAACGCGCCUUGACUGGAAUCAAGAACGACAUCCUCAAGAAGCAGGAGAGAGAGACGCAAACCCAAGCAUCGAAAUUCCCGGCACUCAACCCCAACGGCACCAAGAUGACCCUCCUCGACAGACUCCGAGCCAAGGAGGAAGCCAACGCCAACAUCCAGCUCCCUACCGGCCCCGAGAUGGCGAGAAAGCGCGCCCUGCAGCGGGUGGGAGACAUCUCCGCCGUCCUCUCCAUGCUCGUGUCGUCGUCGAAUGCGGCCGGACAGAUGGUUGUGUCCUUCACCAUGCCUGUUCUGCAGCAGAAGCUCAAGGACUCCCUGCGUGUACCCAUGUCCAUGGAGGAAGGUGUCGAUGCGGUACGUCUGAUUGCCAAGGAAGUCGCACCGGAAUGGUUGAAGGUUGCAACGGUCGGUGGUAAGGAGCAUGUCGUCAUCCAGACGAGACGCAAGCCGUACGAGGCGGAGCUCGCUGCGCGAGUGAACCGACUUCUCGCAUAG